AUGCCUUUGCCGACGUCAAAGAAAGAUGCCGGCUUAGGCCGAGCAAUGAUCAAUCGAAAAGCAAAAGAUGCUCAAAAUCGGAGCAAUUCAUCUUAUCAUACAACAGAUUUGAUCAAUCCUUCAACAGGCGGUGUUGGUUUACGUUCAAUCACACAACAAACCGAUUUGGAAGAAUUUUUGAGUACAGCCCAAUUGGCAGAUCAAAAUUUCACAGCAGAGAGAAGAAAUGUGACUGUCGUAUCUGCACCAGAUCAAAUGACGGGAGCUAAAAGGGGAAAGAAUCCGCUCUUACCAACUCAGCAAGAGGCAGAUGAAACAGUUCGUAGACAGAAUGAGAACAAACAAAGGCUGCGUAUCCCCAGAAGACCUGCAUGGAACAGCAGCACGACCCCCGAACAGCUACAUAGACUGGAAGCAGAUGCGUUCCUGGAUUGGAGAAGAAACUUGGCCGAAUUGGCAGAGGCAAACAACUUCAUCUUGACACCGUUUGAGAGAAAUUUGGAAGUGUGGAAGCAGCUGUGGCGUGUGGUUGAGCGAGGUCAAUUGAUCAUUCAAAUCGUUGAUGCACGAAACCCUCUUCGUUUCAGAAGUGAAGAUUUGGAAAAGUAUGUGGAAGAAUUGGAGGUCCGCCUAGGACAGGCAGGAGAGGACGCAACGUUUUCAUCAGGGAAGAGGCGGAAUCUAUUAUUGCUGAAUAAAGCAGAUCUAUUGGAUGAAGGCCAGAGACAAGAGUGGGCUCGGUAUUUUACUGAAAAGGGGAUCCAGUUUGCCUUCUUCAGUGCCGCUAAUGCUGCUGCUCUACAAGCUGCUAGAGCGGAAGCAGAAGCAUUGGAAGCUCUUGAUGCACAAAGUGGAGAGGAGGAUGAAGAAGAUGACGAUGAGGAGGAAGAUGAUGAAGUCCGCGAGGCCAGAAAAAGAGCAGCAGCAGUGACCCUUGGAGCUCGUGAUACCAAGCCGCUCGUUGGAGAAGAGGCGGCAGAACACAUUCUCUUGGCCAACAGAGAAAAGAUUCAACGUAUGCUACGCGAAGAACGUGAAGCAGGACAGAAUGAUAGCGUUGAUGCUGCCAUGUCUACCACUGCAGGUCAAGCUUCUCUGGGAUCAUCUAAGCCAUCUGUGACUGCUCGUGAUCCUGCCCAUGUGCUGAACAUUCUGGAAUUGGAAGAAUUGAUCGUUGCAACGAUGCCACCAUUGGAAGACUUCGGCGUAGACGAGCAUCGUGUCAGUUUCAUCGGUUUCCCAAACGUGGGUAAGAGUAGUACGAUCAACGCUUUGGCCAAAUCCAAGAAGGUGUCCGUCAGUAGCACACCCGGUAAAACAAAACAUUUCCAAACGAUCAAAUUGAGCGAUAAUCUUACAUUGGUCGAUUGUCCGGGUUUGGUGUUGCCAGUGUUCGCAAUUACUUCAGCAGAAUUGGUCUUGGAUGGUGUUCUACCGAUUGAUCAAUUGAGAGAAUACACUGCGCCUGCUGAUCUGUUAGCAGCAAGAAUUCCAAAGGAUAUCAUUGAAGGAACUUACGGAUUCCGCAUUCCUAUCCAGCACGAAGAAGAAGGAGGAUCUGGACAGCCUACCGGUCUGGAAGUGUUGACUGCAUAUGCCAUAGCCCGUGGUUUCGCUCGUCAAGGUCAAGGUAACCCUGAUGAAUCAAGAGCAGCACGAUAUGUGUUCAAAGAUUAUGUCAAUGCCAAGCUAUUGUUUGCACAUCCACCGCCAGGUGUAGAUGCUGACGCAUUCAAUGCAUCUCAAAGAGCACAUGCCAGAGAAUUGCUCUCAGGUAGAAAG